ACUUGACAAGAGCGAGUAAAAAGACAGAGGCGAAUAAGCGGUUGGAUGUGAGUAAUAAACCAGGGGUGUGUACUUUGCAAUACACGCGAGACGCGUCUUUGGUCUGCUCGAGCUAAAGGAGGGGUAAGCUAGGGGGUGAGAGAGCUGACUGGUCCGUGCGAACGAAAGGGAUCAUUGGUCAAUUGAUCAGUCAAACAAAUAUGGAAGAGAGACCCCUGGAAGGAAGGGAGCACAAACAAACAAAACAAAGACCGGGUCCCCUCUCUCUCCUCCCUUGAAUUUGAAUGCAAGCACGUGGCGCCGCAUACGUUUUUGUUCCCUCCCCCUUCUCACAUCUCCUACUUCACAUAUCUAAUCACGGACCACAUAUGCCCGAACCAACCGUGCCAGCACCCCCAGGAACCCAGCUGAUGGCAGACGCCAGUCCAGUCCCUGUCCAGUCCCUCGAGGACUUUCUCGCCCACGCAACAGCCGAUGUCAUGCCCGACAGCCCAUCCGAGGGUACUCUCCAGGUCUACGAGGACGCCCAUAGUCGUCUUCCCAACCAAUGCAGGUUUUUCCACGUAGCCAGCGACUACUACGACUGGCCCUUUGAACAGCGUGCUCGAGUCCUGGGCUGCCCUUCGACCUUCCAUCUCUGCAAGACCCUGGUCUUUGAAAACACAAAAUGGAAGCAGGACGAGACCAAGGUCGUGGACGCAGACCGGUACUGGUGUGUCAUCGUCCAAUACGAGGGCUCCGUUAACAUCACUAAGCUUGAAAAGGCUGUCCGUGAAAGAACAGGGGCGAGCCGCAAGGGCAUGCAUCUACGGAUUGCACCUGCGGAAAAGUCGCACGAGUUGACAGGGUUCACUAACAAUGCUGUCAGUCCAGUGGGCAUGAAAACUGAUCUUCCAAUUCUAGUUUCGUCUGUCAUCACGGAGCUCUCGCCACCUCUACUCUACCUCGGAGCUGGACAUGUGGAUUGGAAGAUCGCACUCCCUGUGCAAAGUUUCGUUGAGAAAUGGAAUGCGAGCGUGAUCGAUUUUUCAUAAGCAAGCAAGCAAGCCAAACAGCACUGAACCUUAUAGACCUUCCAACGAUAGACUGAUUAAAGACAUGUAGUGCAUCAAGAGUACAGGGUUUAUGGGAUGAGUGCGGAGAAAUACAUAUAGGGUAGAUUACAG